AUGGCGUCCAAGCUCUUCUCCGCAGUGAAACUCGGCGGCAAGAAGGCUCCAACCCAAUUGAAGCAUCGUGUGAUCAUGGCACCCAUGACCCGUCAGCGUACUGGCGGCGACGGAGUGCCUGGACCUGCUGUAGCCGAAUUCUACAGGCAACGUGCUACUGAUGGCGGUCUGCUGAUCACGGAGGCCACCAACAUCAGUGCUUAUGCUCGCGGUUACUACGGAGCCCCGGGUCUUUACACGCCGGAGCAAGUGGAAGGCUGGAAGGCCGUAACAUCCGCAGUGCACGACAAAGGCGGCAAGAUCUUCAACCAAUUGUGGCACACAGGCCGCGUCAGUCACCCCUUGAACCUUCCGAAUGGAGCCCAACCUGUGUCGGCGAGCGCAACGAGCAUGGAGGGAGUGCAGAGUCUCGCCACCACUGCUGAAGGUCGUUUGCCUCACCCGAAUCCACGAGCUCUUGAGAUCACCGAGAUUCCAGGCAUCGUCGAUGACUAUAAACGUGCAGCUGAAAACGCUCUCGAAGCGGGCUUUGAUGGUGUUGAGCUUCACGCCGCGAAUGGAUACCUACUGGAGCAAUUCCUGCUAAACGGAACGAAUCUCCGCACGGACAAGUACGGUGGCAGCCCAGAGAACCGCUCGCGCAUAGUGUUCGAAGCGAUCGAGGCCAUUCUAUCUUCGGUGGAUUCAAGCAAGGUGGGUAUUCGUUUGUCUCCGUUUGGCACUGCAUUCGGAUGCACAGACUCGAACCCUCGCGAAAUCUAUGACUACGUUGUGAAGAAGUUGAACGACUACGACCUGGCCUACCUUCACAUGGUUGAACCGCGUGGCAUGCAGCAGCCUGCACCAGACGCACCGGACGGAGGCGUCACCAAGAUUCACCGCAAGAUGUACGAUGGCGUGAUGAUCAGCGCGUCAGGUUACACUGGCGACGAGGCUCGCAAAGUGGUUGAAGACGGAACGACGGACCUCGUGGCUUUCGCGCGCGACUUCAUCUCCAACCCGGAUCUUGUGAAGCGCAUUCGUACAGGGGCCGAACUCAACCCGGUGAACUGGCAGACAGUGUACGUACCGCUUGAUGUGCCGUUCGAGACGGGUUACACGGACUAUCCGUUCCUUGACGAGAAGACCGCGUAAGCAUCAAGACUGAAGGAGUCGAGAGAAUUUUCAUCCAAUACAGCAUUUAUUGCAUUCUAG